AUGCUUGUUGAUUCUGCUGCUUACUUUUGGCUACCUCAUCCUCUUGAAGGUUAUAAGGCUCUUGGGUACUUAGUUACUAACAGCCAUGACAAGCCCAGUGUAGAUGAAAUUAGUUGCGUUCGUGUUGGCCUAACCGAUACAAGUGAAACUUACCACACAUUACUUGAUACUAGAUCUUUCAUUCCCGGGUUUCCAUUUUGGGUUGAGAACUUGAGACCUUGUAACUGCAACAUGUUAGGGACAGGAGUUUCAGGAGGGAUUUUUUCCUACAGUAAUUGUUGUUGGAACAGGAGAGAAGAGUUACCUGUUAUGUGCUUGAAUUAUUUGAACCAAACACUGCCGAAAAUGCCACAGAUUGACCGAAUUCAUGCGCUUAUAGAACUCUAUGGUCCUACUAUUUCCUUUAAUCCUGAGGAAGUUUACCUGCCUUCUUCUAUUGAUUGGCUUUUGAGCAAUGGAGCCAGUUUGUAUCAAAAGGGCUUGUCUAAAGACAAGGUUAUUGAUGAAGGUGGAUCAAAUUUGCCAAGCAGAGGAAUAAAUGAUAUAGAAUUUUGGAUAGAGUUGUCGUAUGAUGAUAUUAGAAGAGAGUUUAUCAAAGAAGAGGACUUGGAAAGUGCUAAGCUUUAUGUUCACGAGAAGCCAACAAUUAGCGGAACAUUCAAUGACAUUGUUAUAUGGAUUUUCUGUCUUUUCAACGGACCAUCUACUAUGGAAAAUGGAAUUAAAAACAUGGUUUUAAGCAAAGUUGGUUCCCAUGUAGGUGAUUGGGAGCAUUUCACAUUUAGAAUAUGCAAUUUCAGUGGUGAGCUUUGGAGUAAAUAUUUCUCACAGCACAGUGUUGGUAAAUGGGUUGAUGCACAUGAAUUAGAGUAUAUUGAUGGCGAUAAAGCUACUGUGUACUCGUUAAAAAAAAAGGGACAUGCUAGUUACCUUCAUCAUGGAAAAGUUGAUAUUCCAACAUUAUUUUAUUUUUUCAACCUUGAGGACAAGGUUGAUCUUAGAGGGGUGAGUAAUGAUAGAGAGCUUAAUUAUUAG